AUGGCUGCCUACUUCCGGAUCAUGAUGGGUCACCACGCCCUCAAUUGGCUCGAAGCGCUCCCUGCUGGCUCCAUCAACAGCUGGCAGGAUCUCUGCAAUGCCUUUGUCCAGUAUUACCAGGCAUCCUGCCCGGGUCCCAAAACUAGAUGGGAUCAGGCCAGCGUCAAACAGCAACUGUACGAGUCCCUCCGCGACUACAUCAAGAGGUACUUUGCUAACUGUAGUACCAUUACGGAAGAUGAUGACAGGGACGUCAUCUACCACUUCAACGAAGGCCUCCAUAACAUAAAACUAUGGAGGAAGAUGUUCGAGAGCAACCCCAAGACUGUGGGUGACAUGAUGUUGGUUGUCAACAAGCACGCUGACAUGAAAGAUGCCAAGCGAGCUCACCGCCGGCACAAGACCCAGAACGACUCCUCCGAGCGUCCCCCUCAGUGGGACAAUCGCUCGGAACGCCGACGUGACGAUCGCCCACCUCGUCAUGGGAAGAAGCACGACCGUGCCGAGUCGUCCAAGAACCGGGACCGCAAGCGUGGCCCCGAGAACACCGUCGCCGUCGCCGAAAGGUCCCAGUUCUGCUCCACCCUCAACCAAGCGGACCUAGACCGGCUCCUGGACGGCAAGUGUCCUUGGCACAAGGACGCAAACCACACCGCCCGGGAGUGCCGAGCACUCUCCAACGGCAUCGUCAAGGACGACGACCCCAAGCGACCCCGCCACGAUGACCGCGACAGGCCGGGUGGUUCCAGAACCACCCAGGCACGCCCACGGAGGCGCAACUCGCCCAGGCGAGAUGACGACGAGCAGAGGGAAGAUUCCCCAGGGAACUUCCAGGAAGAAGACAGGGCCGUCAACUUCAUAUACGGCGGCCCCAGCAAGCCAUCAAGUCGGCGCAAGCUCAAGCUGGAUGAUCGCGAAGUCAACCUGGUGUUCAAACACCCGGUUGAAUCCCUGCGGUGGUCGGAGACGCCAAUUACCUUCGACCGCCACGACCACCAGGUUCACCUGCCCAGGCCGGGUGCCUACCCUCUCGUGGUUAGCCCGAUGGUGAGCCAGGUCCGCCUGGCCAAAGUACUCGUCGAUGGUGGCAGCGCCUUCGACAUCAUCUUUGCCAGCCUUCUACGGCAUCAUCCCCGGAGCUGGGUCGACUCCGGUCGGCCGGGCCACUCUGCCAGUCACCUUCGCACCCGCGACAACUACCACACCGAGUACGUCAACUUCGAGGUCGCCGAGUUCGAGACCUCCUACCACGCCAUCCUGGGAACACCCUCCGUCGCCAAGUUCAUGGCGAUCCCCAACCACAUGUAUCUUCUCCUGAAGAUGCCAACUCCAAAGGGGGUCCUCUUGGCAGCAAAGAACCUUCCAGUGGAUCAGCAGCAGAUCCCCGCCAAGGAGUCGACUUCCGAGUCACAGCUCGCGCCAGCCGUGGCGACCAAGACCAUCGUCCUCCAGGACGAUGAACCGCAAAAGACCGCCGUGAUCGGGGCCAGCCUCGACUCAGCAUAG